AUGUCAAACACACAGCGUGUCGCCGUCAAUUGUUUCACACAUGUUAUACCGCCGUCGAAAAAAAUCGCUCUGCUUCGUCGUCUGCUAAAAGCUGAAGAAUUUAAUAUUUUUCUUUAUAAAUUUGUUGACAAAAUCGUCAAAAUUACGGAAAAGAAGUUUAACUCCAAAAUGCCGCCCGCUUCGGGGUCCAAUAGUGCCACGAACGCGGCGGCAGUGCAGGCCAAGGCUGCAGAGAGGGAAGAGAAACUACGUGGAGCCUUAAAAUCUUUUAUUCUGAAGGAAAGGCAGAGGAAAAAAGAAGAGUUCGAGGCAAAACUAGAGGAGAGUAGGCAGCGUAAAGAACGCGAGGCACGCGAAAGGGAGAACGAUAUAACCCUAGAGGAGACUCGUGGUCAGAUCACCAAACUGGAACAGAAACUAACUGAGCUGCAUAAUCAGAAAGAGAAACUGUCUCUACAGCUGAAGAAAGUCUUAGACGAAGAUGAAAAUCGAAAGAAACAGCAGAAGGACAAUGAGACAAUGUAUGCUAUGCAAGCCUUGCAAGCUCAAACCACCAGUGCGCCCCAGCAGCAGGUGUUCUUGCCUCCCGCAAGAGUGCAGCAUCAUCAACAAAUUCCUGUACUGACAAAACCGCCAAACAAUCCUCCAGUAAAGCGUGGAAGAAGUCCGUCUCCAACGCAGCAGGGAUACUAUAAGCAAACGAACUAUAAUCCUCCAAAACACGAUGAACGUCGUGGAGCAGAUUCCGCCAGAGUGUUGUGGAACAAAUAUCCGACACCUGGGACGCUUUUCUAUCAGACAGCAAGCAAUGCACCUCCACCACCUCAACAAGCUCCCCCAGAUUCUAGAGGACCGGCAAUUAUCUAUGCACCUUACAAUUUGCCACUACGACAAGGCUAUCAUUUAGAAUUACCUCCGGGUUCUAGUAUGCCUGGACCAAAGUCAGACGCGCCGGGACAAAAACCAACUCAAGUAUAUCACAUAAACCUAGACCAACCCCCCAGUUCACAGCCUGGAGGAGGCGUGAAUAGCAGUAUUCAAUCGCAAAAGCCUCAAAUAACAAUGGAAAAAAUUUCGGAUCGAUAUCAUGUAGAAGUAAAACAUGACUCACACGGUGGUCCACAGCCGACACAUCAAUUAUCUGAAAGUGUUGUCUAUAUACCGAAUUUGCCUUUGCAUCCAAAUGUGAUGCAAAUAAGUGGUGGUGCACCACCUCCACAAAGUACAAAACCUGGAUCGGGCAUUCAAGGAUAUGCACCAGGACGUGGGCCGGUUGGUCACGAAACUCAAAUGUCACGUCAACAACAGAUAACAGUUAUGCCGGGGCAACCUGGGCAACAACCCCAACAACCUAUGCAUUAUCCACGCCGCAUGUUUUAGCUAAAGUAGCUAAAUACUUUGUGUUUUUUAUUCUAGAUGACAAACUAUAUAGUCAUUGUAUUUUCACAACGUUUAAAAUAUUAAUGUGGGUAAAAAUUAAUUUAGUUUAUGGUAUUUGUCUACAUUUGCAUAAGUGUAGAUGCAUCAUAUUUCCAUUGAAGCUGGUGAAUUGCGAAUUAAUUCGAUGCUAUUUAAAUGUAAAUAAUGAUUUUUGUGAAAAAAUUAAAGAUUUUGACUUCAUGUAUAAAUUAACUACAUUAAGAGAUAUUAAUUUCGUACAAUUGAUAUAUUUCCAAUAUGAACUAGAAAUAAAUGAUUGAAAAUAACUUCUUUAUUAAACGGAAUGUUAUAUAGAAAUAAAAUGAAAAUGUGUCCCAGA